AUGGGUACUGCUCUUGUGUUCAAUGUGUAUUUCACAGAUUCGUUACGCUUCUACGCAGACGCAGUCAAAGGCAUCCGUACGUAUACGACGAAAAGUGUGCUUACGCUCCAGUCGAUGCUCACGUCUCGCACUGCGGCCAUUGCGGCCACCGCGGUGACUGUUGGUUCCAUCGUAUGGUACCAGCAGCUCUAUGGCGAGCUCCCUUUUAUUGACCAGCUCAGUGCCAACAGCAUGGCCGAUAAUGGUCUUCAUUCCCCCCAUUACCCCUGGUCUCACAAUGGCUUGACGGACACAUUUGACCACAGCUCUAUCCGCCGUGGCUUCCAAGUGUACCAGGAAGUAUGUUCUACAUGCCACUCUCUUUCCCGUAUUGCUUGGCGUAACUUGGUCGGCGUUUCACACACCGUCGAUGAGGCUAAGGCGUUGGCUGCCGACAUCGAGUACACAGACGGCCCGAACGACGAAGGCGAGAUGUUUGAGCGUCCUGGUAAACUUGCCGACUACUUGCCAUCGCCGUACCCCAACGACGAGGCUGCCCGUGCUGGUAACGCUGGUGCCCUCCCUCCGGAUUUGAGUCUCAUUGUCAAGGCGCGCCACGGCGGCGCCGACUACAUUUUCUCCCUGCUUAUCGGCUAUUCCGACCCCCCUGCAGGUGUGACUGUCCAGGAAGGUCUCAAUUACAACCCAUUUUUCCCGGGCACGCAAAUUGCCAUGGCGCGUGUGCUAUUCGACGGCCUUGUUGAAUACGACGAUGGUACGCCUGCGACGACGAGCCAGAUGGCCAAGGAUGUUGUCACGUUCUUGUGCUUUGCGUCGGAGCCCGAGCACGACCACCGUAAGCGUGCUGGUUUCCGCGCCGUAAUCCUCCUUUCUACUCUGUUUGCCUUUGCCGUGUGGGCAAAGCGCUUCAAGUGGUCGUCCAUCAUGACGCGCCAGAUUGUGUAUGACCCCCCGAAGAAGGGCCACCAUUAA